AUGGAUGGGAACAGGACCUCCUCCAGCGACUUCACACUGGCGGGGCUCUUCCCUCACGGCAGAGCCUCAGGCCUCCUCUUCGCUGUCAUCUCCAUCAUCUUCUUCACAGCGCUGACGGCCAACGGCGCCAUGAUCCUCCUGAUCCAGGUGGACCCCCAGCUGCACACGCCCAUGUACUUCCUGCUCAGCCACCUGUCGCUCAUCGACAUGCUGUACAUCUCCACCACAGUGCCCAAGACGCUGGUGGACCACCUGGUGGGCAAGGGGACCAUCUCCUUCGCUGCCUGCACCGCCCAGUACUUUCUCUACAUGGGCCUUGUGGGCGCCGAGUUCUUCCUGCUGGGGCUCAUGGCCUACGACCGCUACGUGGCCAUCUGCCGCCCGCUGCACUACCCCACCCUCAUGAGCCGCCGCGUCUGCUGGCUCAUCCUGGCCAGCUCCUGGUCCGGUGGUGCUCUGGACAGUUUCCUCCUCACACCCAUCACCAUGACUCUCCCCUUCUGCGCCUCCCACAAGAUUGAGCACUUCUUCUGCGAGGCGCCCACCAUGCUGCGGCUGGCCUGUGGGGACAAGGCCGCCUACGAAAUGGUGAUGUACGUCUGCUGCGUGGUGAUGCUGCUGGCCCCUUUCUCCGUGGUGGUGGCCUCCUACGCCCAGAUCCUCCUCACGGUGCAUCAGAUGAGGUCAUCGGAGGGGAAGAGGAAGGCCUUUGCCACCUGCUCGUCACACAUGAUGGUGGUGACCCUGUUCUACGGGGCCGCCUUGUACACCUAUAUGCUUCCCCAGUCCUACCACACGCCCCUCAAAGACAAGGUCUUCUCCGCCUUCUACACCAUCCUCACGCCCCUGCUGAACCCGCUCAUCUACAGCAUGCGCAACAGGGACGUGGUGGGCGCGCUGAGGAGGUGGUUUGGAAUGUCCUGA